AAGCAACCAAAACAAACAAACAAAACAAGAACAAAAUAUAUAUCAAGAGAGAGAAAGAAAAGAGAGGAGACGGCGGGGCAAAGGAGCGGCCACCAUUGCUUUUGAUCUCUCUUACUUCACGGCGAUCGCGUCUGUUCUUAUUUUUGGAAAUUAUCAUUCACAUUAUAGAAAUCUGAAACCCUAAUUUUGUUUAUUCUUUGGAAAAAUUUUGAUCACUGUAUUCCGGUUUUACCCUUGAUCAUCUUUCUCAGAUUAAAAAAACACACACUCCAAAGCAGAAACCUAAUCUAUGGCUAGCACUGCCAAUGCUAACAUCAUCAACACCCCUUCCAUAACACCAUCAACAACCGCGAUCACCCCUGUGGCUGCCACCGCCGGUGGUGAUAUGGUUAACCAUAAUAAUAUGCGCCACCACGGCGGCGGUUCUAGAGUAGUUUCUUCAUCGCCGUGGACACAAAUCGUGCGGGGAGAUUCUUUGGAUGCGAUUGCUACACCAGCUGGAGCAAUAGCAGCGGCUCCCGUUUCGCCAACGAGGGAGGCUGUCAGUGAACAAUCGGUGGUAGUAGAAGAGGAGGGGACUGAUAAUGGCGCCAAUGCAGGUAAGAGGCCGGUGUGGAAUAAGCCAUCGAAUGGUGCUGUGGAGGUUGGGGCUGUUAUGGGAGCUGUUUCAUGGCCUGCUUUAUCUGAGUCAGCUAGGGUUUCAGGGAAACCUUCUCAACAAGAUUUAUUUACUAAGGGACCUUCGUCUGAUGGAUCGUCAUCCUCUGUUACUGUUUCACAGGGAAGUGGAAGUGCAUCUUCAUCAACGCCGAAGCAAGUUAGUCAUAAUGCAAACCCUAAUUCGACUACACCAAAUCAUACAAUGCCAGCACGACAAAGAUCAAUGAAGCGGAAUGGUGGUGCUAACACAUCUUCUUCUAAUGGUGGUGCUUCUCAGCCAUCAGGAUCACAACAGACCCAGACAGGGGAAGUGCAUGUAAAUAACCCUUCUCCUAGGGAUCAUGCUUCACAAAGGAAUUCACAAAAUCGUAGUGCUAAUGAUCACCCACAGCAGCAGCAACGGAAUUCGUUCAGGCGCAAUGGUGGGCCACAUGUGCGUGAUGGUUCUCACCAUCACAAUUAUGGGGGCAGGCGUGAUCAAGAUCGUCAAAGUCAAGAUUGGAAUAAUCAUAGAAAUUAUAGUGGUAGAGAUGCCCAUAUGCAGCAACAGAGAGUUGUCCCUAGAUUUAUGAGGCAUCCACCACCGCCACCGCCACCACCUACUACUAGCACCCCAUUUAUUGGAGCCCCAGCAAUGCGGGCCUUUGGCAGCCCCAUUGGUUUCCAUGAAAUAGCAUCUCCUGUUUAUUAUGUUCCUGGUCCACCUCCAGACCCUCUCAGAGGUGUACCUUUUGUUGCGGCAACAAUGCCGCCUAUGUACUUUCCUGCUCCAGACCCUCAAUUGCAACAGCAGAUAAUGACUCAGAUAGAGUACUACUUCAGUAAUGAAAAUUUAAUUAGAGAUAUAUUCUUGAGGCAGAACAUGGAUGACCAGGGCUGGGUACCUAUUAUAUUAAUAGCAAGCUUCAAAAAAGUUUUGAAUCUGACUGACAAUAUUCAACUUAUAUUGGAAUCUGUCAGAAAUUCAUCUAUUCUGGAAGUGCAGGUUGACAAAGUAAGGAGGCAAAAUGAUUGGAUGAGAUGGGUAAUGCCACCUUCUGCUCAGUUCACAAGUGUUUCAGGUCCUCCAUUUCUUGGGAGGUCCAGUCAGGACAUGCUGGCAGCCCAUGUCCAGAGUAUUUCACUGGAGGAGAGUGUUACCAGCCACAGCAGUGCAAGGAGUCAAGUAGAUGUUCAUAAUGAGGCAUUUCUUGGUAGGUCAUCAUCUGGGGACUUCAAUAGCCAGUCACAGUUAUUGAGCCUUGAAGGAACAGACCAAGUCAGUGUACAGGGUGGUUCAGAUUCGUCUACUUCAAUGAGAAAUCCGAGUAAGUGAAGUGUGUUCUGAUGCACAUUUUACUGGAACUUUUGGAGGAAAGUGGGGAGAGUGCUUUUUGAUUAUAUUGGUGGAUGUCUCUCGUUUUCUUGAUGUUUGCCUUGCAUGAUGGUGGGGAGGGGGCUAUUAAAAUGGGGGAAGAAAGAAAAAAAGCAACAUUUUAAAGACACAAGAAAAACUAAAAGGGAAAAAUUAAAAAAAAUUAAAAAAGAAAAGAAAAGAAAAGAACAACUUUUAUGACUAGAGCUAGUAGCAUGAGUUGAUUAGGAUGCAUGUAUGGUUUUUGUGGGAGGUAUUGCAGAUUAUUGCAUAAUUAUAUGUGGUGGCCUAUUUGGUGUUAUUAACGGGGAAUUUUGGCUUUACUUCCCCUCACUGCCCCUCAGCUGGUUUUUAAAAAUCUUUGGGGUCAGAUUACUCCAAUUCUAGGAAGCAAACAUAUGACUUCUGAGUUCUGACAGAUGGAACAAAGAAAAUGGUUGGCUUGGUCUCUACGUAUUACAAGGUAAAAGAGGGUGGUGGCAUGCAUGGGAUAUGCAACUCAUGGUACAUCUGCUAUUGCUCUAAUUUUUUGGUCAUAUGAUCUGAUGGUUUAGGUUUCUCUUUGGUUACACCUUAUAUUUAGAGUUGCAUUUAUAUGUAUACCUUCUUCAAACCUUUUGAAGAUUUCACUACAUAAGUUGGUCCUCAUAGUGAGAAACCAUUGAACCGUCCAGUUUUAGGAUUGGAUGUGGUUGGCAUUAUAUGUUAAUUUAAAGAUUUGGAGAUUGUGGUGUUUGCCAAUUUAUUUUACUAUAUUAUUUAUUA